UUUGAUUUCGUAUACUUCUGAUAAGCAGAAAUAGCUUGUGUUACGUUGUACUCGAGUUGAGAAUGUUGUCAUGUCGUGCGUAGCUCUUCGGAUCAGGGCACCCCUCAAGGGGGUAAUAUCUGGCGUUUCGUGGAAAGUGGAAUUGGAAGAAUUAAAAAAUAUCCCUGGAGUGAUUGAUGCACGUCAGAUGAAUUGAGUAGUUAGUGGAGAGAACGGUGAAGAGUAUCUGUUCUUUUGUUUUUUGAAGUGGAGUCCCUCCAAACCGAGGAGAAGUUGAGACCUAGACAAGUCACCAUGGGGAAAGAUCCUAGGAAGCCGAGAGGCAAGAUGUCCUCAUAUGCGUACUUCGUGCAGACCUGCAGGGCGGAGCACAAGAAGAAACACCCCGAAGCCAGUGUCAACUUCGCCGAGUUCUCCAAGAAAUGCUCAGAGCGAUGGAAGCCCAUGUCUCCUAAAGAAAAAGGAAAGUUUGAAGACAUGGCAAAGCAAGACAAGGUCCGCUACGAGAGAGAAAUGAAGAACUACAUCCCACCCAAUGGCCAGAAAAAGAAGAGGUUUAAGGAUCCCAAUGCCCCCAAGAGACCACCGUCUGCGUUCUUCAUCUUCUGUGCUGACUUCCGGGCCAAGAUAAAGAGUGAGCACCCAGGCCUGUCCAUCGGUGACACUGCUAAGAAGCUGGGAGUGAUGUGGAACAGCUCUGCAGCUGAGGAGAAGAAGCCAUACGAGAAGAAGGCAGCCACGCUGAAGGAGAAAUACGACAAGGAUAUUGCAUCAUACCGCACCAAUGGUAGAGUGGAUACUGCCUCCUCUGCAGCUGCUGAUGAUGAUGACGACGAAGAGGAUGAGGAGGAUGAUGACGACGACGAUGAGGAUGAUGACGAGUAGCCUCCCUGCUGUUGGAGGCUACAUUCUUGUUUAAUGCUAUGUAACCCUAUUGUACACACUUUACAUCUCCGAACAGACCCAGACGCAACGAGAACACAUUAAGCUGUGUGUAUAUUUAAUGUUUUAAUGAUGGAUGGUGUUAUGCUCCCUAACUGGUUAAAGUUUAGGGAGCAUAAAGUUUUUAUGUUAUUUUUUGGUUCUUGUAGUAGCCCUUUUUUCCUGCCCAUGCCUGUAACUGCUUUGGAGGAUAAUAAAUCAGUAUGGAAGUAAUAAGUUCUCUUUAGGUGUGCAACUCUCAAAUCAGAUUUCUGGGUUGGUAGCUAGUGAAUUAUUUUUUUUCUGUAUUUGUUUUAAAGGAUGUUUUUUCAUGUUUGUCACAAGGUAUUUUUAUUGUUCUUUGAAUACCACUCUGAUAACAAAUGCAGCUGACAUUCAGGAAUGUCUUAAAUAAAGGUCUUUUUUAAUAAA